AUGAUCACCAACUACACACUCCCGGCCCUGGCCGCUGGUCUUCGGGACAGGGAAGAAACGUUGCAGUUCUGCGCGCGACUAUUGGAGGACGGCAACCUGGAGCAAUUAAAGCGGGUCCUCCACCCCUACCAAGCUGAACUCAUCACCCGCCGUCGCCGGAAAACCCGCAGCUUGGAUUUGGCAGGGGGGCUGACGUCGAAGCACCUGAACAUGUUGCGGAAAUACUUGCAGCGAUCCCCGCGCCAGCUGACCCGCGCGGUCUCCCUGCGCGCGUCGGUGGUGAUUCCACUCUGCAAUGUGAACGGGGUGGCCUCCGUGCUCUUCGAACGCCGCUCUCCCUUCGUCCGCUCCUUCAAGAGCCAAGUGUGUUUCCCAGGGGGGAUGGUGGAAGAGUCCUUGGACGUGAACAUCAUCGAAACAUCCCUUCGAGAGAUGGAGGAAGAGAUCGGGUUCCCCGCCCGGUCGGUGGACGUGCUGGGCGUCUUGCGCUGUGACUGGUCCGAGGUGCACAAGAUCACGGGCAUAGGGGUCACGCCCGUGGUAGGCUUUCUCGGUGAUCUGACGGAGAAGGAGCUGUCUCCAAACCCCAAGGAGGUCGCGGAGUGUUUCACGAUUCCUCUGGCCACGCUCCUGGACGUGGAGCACUGGAACCGAGAAGAGGAGAAAGGCACUGUGGUCUUUGUAGGAGGGCCCCACGUGAUCUGGGGGCUGACCGCCCACUUGCUGGAUAUUUUUUUGAAGGACAUUUUGAUGCGGUACAAAGUGCAAGUGCAAUAG